GACACAUUUUACUCAUUUUUACACCGGUACACUGAAUAUCUUCUGUUAAAAAAACUGCACUGUUUCGUUUCCCCCCUCCAUCCAAUUGUUGCCAUGCUCUCAGUAUCAGUAUGGGUGUGGUAAUCGGCUCUGUGAAUUGCCUUGAAUCUAGUAAAUUUGGCGCCCGAUACCUUGUUUUGGAUGUAAACGAAAUGACCGCGUUAACAUUUUGAAAAAAAAAGAAAAGAAAGAAAAGUCAGCUAACCCUUACACGCGGCAGGAGGAUUUUGUAGUGUUUCUACAUCAGUUUUAUCAAAGCUGGGAAGGGAGUGAAACACCUGGAGGACCAUGAGCGAGCUGGAGCAGUUGCGGCAGGAGGCCGAGCAGCUGCGCAAUCAGAUCAGGGAUGCCAGAAAAGCAUGCAGCGACUCCAGCCUGUCCCAGAUUACAGCUGGUCUGGAUUCAGUUGGAAGGAUCCAGAUGAGAACGAGGCGGACCCUCCGAGGCCAUUUGGCCAAAAUCUAUGCCAUGCACUGGGCCACUGAUUCCAGGUUACUAGUUAGUGCCUCACAAGAUGGCAAACUCAUCGUUUGGGACAGUUACACCACAAACAAGAUUCAUGCCAUUCCAUUAAGGUCAUCAUGGGUGAUGACUUGCGCCUAUGCUCCCUCAGGGAAUUAUGUAGCCUGUGGAGGCCUGGACAACAUCUGCUCAAUCUACAGCCUUAAAACCCGUGAGGGCAAUGUCAGAGUCACCAGAGAACUGCCUGGACACACAGGUUAUUUGUCAUGUUGUCGCUUUUUGGACGAUAGUCAGAUUGUCACCAGCUCUGGAGAUACUACAUGUGCUCUUUGGGACAUUGAGACCGGUCAGCAGACCACCACGUUCACAGGGCACAGUGGAGAUGUGAUGAGCCUGUCCCUUAGCCCAGACUCUAGGACCUUUGUGUCGGGUGCCUGCGACGCAUCUUCCAAAUUGUGGGACAUCCGAGACGGAAUGUGCAGACAGUCUUUCACUGGACACGUGUCUGAUAUAAAUGCUGUCUGUUUCUUUCCAAAUGGUAAUGCGUUCACCACUGGCUCGGAUGACGCCACUUGUCGUUUGUUUGACCUUCGUGCGGACCAGGAACUGAUGAUGUAUUCGCAUGACAACAUCAUCUGUGGCAUCACCUCCGUGGCCUUCUCCAAGAGUGGCCGUCUGCUGCUCGCUGGCUACGAUGACUUCAACUGCAAUGUGUGGGACACACUAAAAGGAGAGCGUGCAGGCGUUCUAGCUGGGCAUGACAACAGGGUCAGCUGUUUGGGGGUGACCAGUGAUGGCAUGGCUGUGGCCACCGGUUCUUGGGACAGCUUCCUCAGGAUAUGGAACUGACCUCACUGGGCGGGACUUCGGGGAGCCACUCUUUCUGAUCACAGAGUCACUGUAGUGCACCACUGCCACACAGGACCCCUCCCUCUUCUUCUCCUCCUUACAGAUGCCCUGGUUUUCUUCUCUCUGCACUAUCCCACUAUCCUACAGUCAGUCAAAGAGGUGAGGACCAGCAGUGAAGAGCCUCCACUGGCUCUCUCUGUCUCUCUGGCUUCACAUCUCGACUCGAGAGGUGGAACAGACUGUGUUGUGUGUGUAUAUAUCCGCCAUUCUUUAUGCUUGUAUGUAUAACAUAUGCACUUCUGACAGUGUUUGGAUGUUCUGGUCUGUGGAUACUCGUGAUGGGUGUCUUGGCUGUGCCUGUUUUCUUUUCCUGCGUAUUUUUCUUGGUCUCCAAUCACAGUGCUAUUUGCCACACACAGUGGCCAAUGUAAUGAACCGAAGGAUGAUGCUGCCACAGUAUUGUAGGACAUCAGUGUUUGACCUUUGCCCCUUAAGUUUAGUUUGCAUUGGCUAGUUUCAUCAGUGUUGGUCUGUUCUGUCAUAAAUGGUUCAGGCUCAGGGAGGUAGUGUAUAGUUGUGAGAGAAACACCGAUGUCACUGGGCUUGUGUUUGCCAUCCUCUAAGCCUGACAGAAAUGUUUGGCACAUUUCAUUGUAUGAGACUGUAUUACUGACUGCACAGAAGGAUUUACCAUCAGCCUGUUUAUCCCUUCUGUCUUUACUAUCACUAGCUAUACUCUCUGAGAUUUGCUGCUUUUCAUACUGAUCCAGCUGGACGUGCGUGAUACAUAUAAAGGGAUAGUUUACCCACAAGUGAAAGUUGUUGUCAUUUACUCACUCAUGUUGUUGUAUCUGUGACUUUUUUUUUUUUCUUCUGUCAAAAUUAGAACAAUUCUGAAGACUGUGCUGUUCUUUGUUUUUCAAGCAAUCACAAUAAAUAGGGACUGAUGCAUUUACGUUUCAAAAACAGGAUACAGAUGACUUGUGCUCUACAUACCAAGUCUUCUUAAGGCAUACAAAAGACUGAGUGAGAAACAGACUGAAAUUUAAGUUGGUAAUCUACAUUUAACCUUUGCAUCCAGUUUGAGUGGAUUGAAUGUUGAACUCAAGAAUUGAAUCGACACAAUUCGAAGCAAUUCAUGAAGGCUCCAGGAAGACCUAGUGCAUUUGUCGUGAUUAUCAGUGCUAUAUGGUCCACUGCUUCGGGUCCAUUUUUCCACUCAAAGCUGUUGUACAGCUUUAGAAGACCUUGAGUAUGGUGCACAAAUCAUAUAGGCCUCUUUCAUGGUGCUUUUACAUGCAUGUAAGCACAAAAAAAAUCAUUUGAGUUUGGAACAGUUUGAGGCUGAGUAAAUGAUUUUAGCUGUGCUUUUUCUGGAAGAUUUGGUUUAGUCUUUAGUUUUAAUCCAAACACCAAGCAUAGCCUUGAUGCUUUGUGACACUUUGCCAUUGGUUAGCAGGCUGGAAGUGCACAACUUAAUACCUAACAAGAGGCCUUGGUCACUGACACUCUGACAUUGUCUGCCAUCCUACACACACUAUGAACACGUGCCCUUCUUAGAUGAAGAACUAUCUAGGACUGUAUGCUUUUGCACUAGAAAAUAGUCACGUCACGCAAAACAGCACACACUGGUGUUUCUGCACGUAUUUGAAUUUAAUGUGCUUCAGCUCUAUGACAAGGAAAGUGAAAAACUGUCAUGGACCACGAGCUACACUGUGCGUAUUUUUCACAAAUGUUUGUAUUGAAGGUAUAGAGCCCUCUCCCAGUUUCUGUAAAACAAAAAAACAACUUUAACAGGUUACUUCACCUGAAGUACCUGAAAAUUAUCCCAUAAUUUACUCACCCUCAAGCCAUCCUAGGUGUAUAUGACUUUCUUUUUUCAGUCAAACACAGAGUUAUAUUAAAAAAAAAUAUUCUGGCUCUUCCAAGCUUUAUAAUGGGAGUGAAUAGUAAUCGAUAUUUUAAAGCCCAAAAAAAUCAUCCAUCCAUCAUAAAAGUAAUCCAUAUGGCUCCAGGGGGUUAAUAAAGGUCUUCUGAAACGAAGCGAUGUGUUUUGUAAGAAAAACAUGCAUAUUUUUUAUAACUUUUUAUAAACUAGAAUCACUGACUUCCGACAGUCGAUUCUGGCAAAAUAGUUGACUUUGACCUGAUGCAUGACGUUUUGAUGAACCUGGAAGCACAGAGGAUAGAGCAAAACAAAACAUCGGUCAUGAAUUAGAAGUCUAAAAUGAGAAUUUUUAAAGAGAAAACGUCAGAGGAGCUUGAGUUUGUUGCUCAGCCCUAUUUGUUUGAACUGCGAGAGGAGUCUACUCUCACCUAAGCUUACGCUACUCCUACAUCCUACGUCAUACACCGUAACUCGAAUCUCUCAUGAACACGCGGACGGACGUUACAGGAUGCUAGUGAUUAUAGUCUAUAAAGAUUUAUAAAUAUGGAUAUUUUUCUUAAAAAUUUAUUUAUUUUUAUUAACCACUUGGAGCUGUAUGGAUUACUUUUAUGAUAGAUGGAUGUGCUUUUUGUGCUUCAAUCUUGGUUACUAUUCACUCCCAUUAUAAAGCUUGGAAGAGACAGAUUUUUUUUUUUUUUAAUAUAACUCCGACCGUGUUUGACUGAAAGAAGAAAGUCAUAUACACCUAGGAUAGUUUGAGGGUGAGUAAAUUAUGGGAUAAUUUUCAUUUUUGGGUGAACUAACCCUUUAAAGUAAGUCAUAUUUCACUUAAAUUGUCAAUAAUCACCUUAAUUUUGUGCCAAUCAGUAUGAAUGAACCUACAGACUGGCUUUGUGAGCAUAUAAAAAAAAUGGUAUAAAUGUUAGGCUUUUCAUUGUGGUUGUUUUGGGCAUUGUUUUUUUGUUUUUGUUUUUUUCCUCAGAGAAUUUUCUGAUACAUUAAUACAUGCAAAAUUGAUCAUUCAUUUAAAAUACCAGAUUGCAUUCAGUAUUCAAAAUAGAUUUGGGUUUCUUUUUCAUGCCUUUAAUUUAUGACUACUGUUUAUCAGGUAAACUUUUGUAAAGCAAUUAUUUUGAUAUUUCAGUUGAAUCAUGCAGUUAGUUAUGAUAUGCAAGGACAUACAACAAAUCUGGAAGUGAUGUUCCUCAGUUGUUUUGAGUGUUUACAACAUUUAGACAGUUGUAUUAAAGUCCACGAAGAACAUUGCGUAGUAAGAUGAAGGCAAAAAGUGUUUUAACCUAAAAUUUAGUAAAGCCAGCAUAAUUCAUGACAUCCAAGUCUCAUCAAAAUAUAGUCUUUUAGUUCUUUUAUUGACUUGAAGGAAUGUUCCAGUCUCAAUGCAAGUUAAGCAAUACUAACAAAGCAAGUUAAACAAAAUAAUUUUGACUCAUGCCUUUUUCUGGUAAAAAAUAGGGUACUUGCAAUGAAAGUAAGGACAAGUCAUUUUUAGAGUGUAAAAAGCAGAAAUUUGUGUUGAAGCACUUCAAUUUGUCAUUUAAAAAAUGUGUAUUUGGGUUUUCUAAAAUCAUUAUUACCAACGUCAUUACUGUGUUUGGGUUUUUUUUCUAUAAAAGUCCUCUUCGUUGAGGACUUUACGUAGUCAUGACAGUAGUUGAUGUUGAUAUUUGUAAAAUUUUGGACAGACAGCUUAAAUUUAGUCUCAUGUUAACAGUGUUUAAGUGUUGUUGCUAUACUUUUAAAAUUGUAUUUUAGUGUUGAUUGCACUGCUGCAUUUAAUUUCAUUGUAAGUGCCUUUAACCAGUGUGUGUGUGAGUGCAACUUGCAUUGAACCCGGAACAUUCAUUUGAAAGUUAAACCUGAACUUCCCAGUUAGUGCAUACAAGGGCAUGGCCAUAAGGAGCAAUCUACAUACUAUCCUAUGGAUAUUUCAGCUAGCUUACUGAGCCUUAUCCCAUGGAUAAGAUCAAACACUAUGCUAGCGAUACACAGUCCGCUGAGUCUGAAGAAAACAGCUUGCUCCUUCAACAGUUCACAAAAACAUCUGAAAGGUUUCUGAUUCACUGCGCUCAUGCAUGGCCUUUAAGAAAUUGCAACUUGAGAACUGAGUAAUUGUGAACAGUUACCAAAUAUGAAAUCAUUUUGAAUCUUAAGUGUUAGAACUAUCAUAUUUAAAUGAUGCGGCUUCUGUGAUAUCCAGAUCUUCGCAAUCACCUUUUUUUUUUUCUUUUUUUUUUGUAAUUUACAGUAGGCACUUGGUGCAUUACUUAUAAAUCUUCAAGGCUAAUUGACAUAUUUUCUGAAAAUGGUUUCCAUCACAACAUCGGUUUUACAAGUGUGCUGGCCUUCUCGUUAGAGGAAGUGAGCAAGAGCUGCAUUUUUCUGAAUCGGAACUAGGACAUGGUUGUUUUUGCUGAGGUGCCAAACAUCGAAAUUACUGCACUGAAAGCCUAAAGCAGAUUUCCUUAUCGCAGCAGUUCACAUCAAUCACGUGAUCACAAUACUACAAAGAAAUGCCCUGCCUUCUACUCUAAAAAUGAAAGUGUAUCAGAGGUAGUGCAAUGUUUGCUGUAUUCAAAGGUGUUAAUGUCUGUUGUCACUCAAAGCAAUGUACCACCUUAAAAAAACAAGUAUUUGUCGCGUGCUGGCUUUUUCACUUGCUACAGUUCUGGCAUAGGAGGAACUUUUUUUUUUUUUUUUUUCCCAUUUGUAAAAAUACAGGACAACGAUAACCGAAGUGCAAUCUUUCAAGCAUAGUAACAACAGACUCCAACAGUCACCAACCCUUAAAACAAAUUGUGGCUUACCAAAAAGCAAGCGUGUGUGAUUCAUAGUGGUUUUGAUGUAUUUUAUAUAGCGAUAGAUCCACAUUACGGAUAUUCUGUCCAUUGCACAGAAUAAAUGAGUCUGGAUGGUCCUGCAUAUGUUGUAACUAUCUGAUUAAAGACCAAAUGAUUUUGUUUUUAAUUCACUUUAGUAAUUCUGAGUUCUGCGAUUCUGUCCCUCACUGUGUAUAUCGUGGACAAAACCAGCAGACAUAACUGCCUCUUGAUUCUAACACACAUUCCUCUUAAUUCACUUUAACUGCUUUAUUGAAAACCGAUUUGUAUUUCAUUAUGUUGGUUUAGAAAACAAUGAUCACUUGCUGUGAGAUCUUUUUUUAUUAUUAUUAUUAUUAUUUUUUUUUUUAACACCCAGAAUUUAUUUGUAUUUGUGCAGUGGCAGUGUCACCUGUUACUAUUUGUUCUCAUAACCAAUAAAGGCUUUUCAUCAA